AUGGAUGCUCCCUCCGCGACUGUGAAGGACGCUAUAACGGACUCCUUCUAUCUGGAUUUGAAUGCUACCGGUACUCUCGAUAGCUUUGCCGACGACUUUGCCCCAGAUCCUCCGGAACAUGACAACGCUUGGCGACUUGUCUGGCUCGAUGUCUUUACUAUUGGAGCUUCGACGGUGCUUGGUCCCCUGUUCAAGAAUAAUAUUGCCGAAUGGCCCUGGUUCCGAGAAGAAGGGUCGACUACAGCAGCCAAGCUGAAGAACACGACGAUACUCAUAGUUCAGCAAGGCAUAACUCUGGCCAAGGACUUGCUGAGCAAAAAUCCGGCCGAAUGGGACUCGGAGUCACAAGACGAUUUUAAGACAUAUAGUACCGCUGUGCUUUCUCGCUGGUCUAAUCUCGUCGUUGAUAACCUGAGCGUCCUGUUCGACGGUUCCGACGAGUCCAUCGAGAGACUAGGGGAUAUGAUUGCGGACGGCACUUUCAUAGCCGGCGGCGGCAGCCUCGGUGGUGGAGGCCUCAGCAAAGAUGAAAAUACCCAGACGCUAAAGAGCUCUAUUGCUCGCACCUUUUAUGGGAUUGCUAUUCCCGAAAUCUGGAGAAUAUUAGACGAAGUGCGGGAUAAGACGGGAGUCUGUCACGACGGCAAGCAAUACUUUCUAGGGGUGCCCAAGGGUAACUAUAAGCUCUCAGACGGGACAUACGGCUUCUCGGUGCCCCCAGGCGUAGACGCCUUAGGAGAAGACAACCUGAAAGAAGGAGAUAUUAGCGACCUCGCUGUUAUGGAUAAUAUCAGGGCCUCCGGGCUCAUUCGCCUUCCCGUCUGCUCCCCUCAGCGCGCAUGGCGGUCGUGGGAUGAGGGUGAUGCCAGUGACAGCGCCAUCUACCCUUGCAACAUUCUCAAGGAAGACUGA